AUGAGCCAAGAAUCAAUGAGCUCCCUCAAAUCCUACCAAAUACUACCUAAUAGUUGGCAUCGCGAUAACAACGCUUGUGCCGAUGUGCGACAGGCGCCAAGUCAAGCGUCCCCUACAAUCCUAAAGCCUAUUCACAGGCCUGGAGUCCAGCCCGGUCACCUCCUAGAUCUCGAAGCACGACAAACAGAUGGCAAGACUGGAACUCCAGUUAUAUUGAAGCCCAUCCCGCGUCCUCAGGUGCUUAAGACCGGUCUCGCCACCAGUCUUCAGGCCAGACAGGAAGCUCUGGUGCCGGCUAAGAAAAUUAUCCUCGGAUAUGCUGCUGCGGGCAUGGCGGCCUUAGUUGACGUUGCCAUGAAGCAGCCUGCCGUCGCGUUAGAAGAAGUCGCUGGAAUCACCUCUGUCAAGUGCACCUCCGCCGCUGUGUCCAUGAAGUUUAGCAAUGCCGCUGCUGUCAAAGCCGCCUCUACCGCGUGGCCUAAAUCUAACUUCAUCAUCAUCACUUACUCUCCUGACGGCGGCUGCAACACUGCCGACGAGCGUGGCUUCUACACCGUCUCUGCCCUUAAAUUCGAUGAGGCAUCUCUCACUGCCACUGCUUCUGCCGUGCGCUCUGCUUUGGACAAGCAAAGUGAGGAUGCCGUUGUUGAAUUCGAUACUACCACGGCUCCUGCCAAGCGCGACUUCCAGUCGUCAAUUGGCGGCGAGAUUAAUGGUACCCUUGUCGAUACGAAAAACCUCAAGAUUGUCGUCGAUAAAGCCAAGUACGAGAGCAAUAUUCGUAUCAAGGGCGGCUUUCGUUUCAACUUCCUCAAGUUCAAACCCAGCAAGAUGUAUCUUGAUGUCGACUACUCCGGUCUUGUGAACCUCAACAUAUCCACAACUGUCGCUGCUUCCUUUUCUUCUAAACUUUACAACUAUGAGCCACUUUCUGCUUCCGUCUCAGCUUUUAGCAUUCCCGGAAUUCUCGAUGUCGGCCCCAUCGCGCAAUUCGCUCUCGGUGUCGAGUUCGCAGCAUCAGGUACUGUCAAUGCCACGCUCGGUCUCCAGAGCGAGAUUGUCAAUGGACAGGUCCACCUUGAUCUCCUCGACUCCAAUAAGUCCUCCACUAGUGGUUGGAAGCCCAAGACCACUGUCUCCUCCGAUGUCAGCGCCGAGGUAUCACUGCAGCUUAACCCGUAUCUCGACUUGAACCUUGCCCUGGGUAUUCGCGUUUUCAAAGGCGUCAUUGACCUGACCACCGGAUUUGAAGUCAAGCCUCAGGUCAUCAACGCCUUCUCCGCUGACCUCGAUUUCGCCUAUGCCAGUACUUCAGGUAUUACCUUCACUAAACCCGCCGCCGCUACUUGCCCCAACGGCGCCUGGUUCGCCAGCACCUUCAACAUGGAUGUCAUUGCCUACGUUGGAACCCUCUACAGCAAGACACUAUUCAAUGUCAACGCUCCCAUUUUCCAGUCUAAGUGCUGGAAUUUUGCUGGUUAA